UGAAUUGCUGAUAACUGCCCCACAGUAGCUCAUGGAUAGGAGAGGAAGAAACACGUGAGACACUACGGAGCUUGCCUUGCACAGAGCGAAUCUUGUCAAGAUGUCUUCAGUGCCUGGAAAUCUCUCUGCCCUUGAGACGAGGGUGAUCAAUCAAAUGGAACAUUAUUUCGGCGAUCACAAUUUAGCCCGUGAUCGUUUCAUGAAGCGAGUAAUGCUGGAAGAUGAUGGCUGGAUUUCUAUGUCGGUAAUGCUGAAAUUCCAGAGAUUGGCUAGCCUUUCUCGCGAUCGCUAUUUUAUCAUGCGAUGCGUUCAGAAGUCGGAAAGCGGCCUCAUUGAAGUGGAUUUUGAUAAGGAGCGGGUUCGUCGGAAGCCUGCCAAACCGUAUUCAACUUUUGUUUCGGGAGAAGAAAGUCGCCAACUCAAAGGCCGCAUCGUGCACGUGCGAGGAUUCGAAAAGAUUGCUACCCUAAAUGAUAUUAUCACCUUCUUUGAGGAAGAUGUUAAGGGUGUGUGUCGUGUGAAUGAGGAAGACCCCAACUCGAAUGAUCACGCAUGGAAGAACCGGAUGGAGGAGAAAUUUCUAGAUGGGGACUCUCGGUUUCCUGAGUCAGUUUGCGUAGUUUUUGACUCUGAUAAGGAAGCCAAGGACUUUUUGGCCAGAAAGGUCAUGUUCCGCGGAAAAAAAUUGACCUCUGAGUUAAAAUUUGAUUCUGGUAUGCGAAAUGUACAGUUCAGCGACACUUUCGACGAAGACACCAUCCUAAGGACGGUUUGGGUGGAUGGAUUCGUCAAGCAGCCGAAGAAUCCAGAAAAUUUGGACGAGUUUUUCUCCCAGUUCAAAGGAGUGGAAGCCAUCAAGAAAAGGAAGUUUCGUUUCAAUCAAGAAGACAGUUGGGAAUUUUGCGGGUCCGUUUUCGUCACCUUUGAUUGUGAAACCACUGCGAAGGGUUUCCUCGCCUUGCAAAACUUGAGCUACAAAGGAGAUAGGUUGAGAUGUAUGUCCCAGUUGGAUUACUAUAAAGAUCGAAAGAUCUUCCAGAGAGAAAUUAACCAAUAUUUACCUGGUACAUUAUACCUGUAACUAGUAACAAUGUAUGCGAUGUAAAAGAAGAAAAAAUCCUCGUUGUCGUCACGCCAUGAUUAAUAUUUCGUUCAGAAUAAUACACACGUGGAAUAUGGCCUCUUUUAAA